AUGGACGGCGAAAUCGCAUACGAGAACCAGGGAGUCGACCCACCUCAAGACGAUGCUAUGAGUGGAAUGGAGGAGAGAGCACAUACGCCAACACACAACAGCCGACAUGCUGCAUCUGCAUCCUCUGCAUCUGCAGAUUUCCAAACCCCAUCACAAUAUCCACAAGAAUACCCUGCGUCACCUCCACAGGAAGAUCCGACAAAUGGUCGAUAUCCCACUCCUCCCACAGCCUUCCCUGCGUCACUCUCACGUCCAGCUUCUGGUUUAUCGGGAAACGGCAACUAUGGCAAUGCAUACCAAGAACAAAAUUCACGGGGUUCAGGUACGAGUGCUACUACGGAACAACAGCAACAACAACGGGGCUCGAAGAAUAGUGUUGUCAUCAAAGUCGGCAUGGUAGGGGAUGCACAAAUCGGCAAAACCUCCUUAAUGGUCAAAUAUGUAGAAGGUAGUUGGGACGAAGAUUAUAUCCAAACCCUGGGAGUUAAUUUCAUGGAGAAAACUAUAUCCAUACGUAACACCGAGAUCACAUUCUCAAUAUGGGAUUUGGGAGGACAGAGGGAGUUUGUGAAUAUGUUACCGCUUGUUUGCAAUGAUGCCGUGGCGAUACUAUUCAUGUUUGAUUUGACGAGAAAGAGUACAUUGAACAGUAUCAAGGAAUGGUACAGGCAGGGGAGAGGGUUCAAUAAGACGGCGAUUCCGUUUUUGGUUGGAACGAAAUAUGAUCAUUUUGUGAACUUUCCGAGAGAGGACCAAGAGGAGAUCUCGAAUCAGGCUCGAAGAUUCGCAAAAGCAAUGCGCGCAAGUCUGAUUUUCAGUAGCACAAGCCAUAGCAUCAACAUCUUCAAGAUUGUCCUCUCAAAAGCCUUCGACCUCAAAUGUACAAUUCCUGAAAUCGAAAAUGUCGGCGAACCUCUCCUCCUUUACCAGUCCGUCGGUUAG